CAAUGCAAUAGAUAAAAAGGAAUAUUCAAUUAAAUUAAUAAUAUUCAGAGGCAGAAAGGUAUGAUCAGAACUUGAAAUCAAUCAGUAGAAAUACAUGGUGGCAUGAAUCAAAAUCUAAAUAUGAUAAAGUUAAUGAAUUGAAAUUUAUGAAUAAAGUGUAACGUGCAAUCUAUUAAUAUCUAUAGCUAUUCUAAAGAAGUCGAAAAUGCUUAUUAAGAAUUGAAAAAAAGAAGAAAUUGUAUGCUCAAAGAUCUCUAUGAAAAAGAAGCACGUGAAUGGGAAUAAGAACUAAGAGCCAAAGGAUUAGCUAUUUACAAAAACAAAUUAUGA